AUGACCAAAAGUGUUCUUGUUAGAAAUGAAAUUCAGAAAAUUCAGCAUCAAACCGGUAUUAAUGAUUUAGAAUCAGACAAUUCACCAAAUUCAAUGAAAGUUUAUCCUUGCAUAAAUGGAUGUGGACGAACAUAUAAAUUACUUUCAUCACUUACGCGACAUUUAAAUUUGGAAUGUGGAAGAGAAAAAUUAUUUAAUUGCAACAAAUCACAAGCAUAUCGAUUCAAGUUAAAGGAUCAAUCAAAGGAUCAACAGCAAACACAUGACAUGAAUGAUUGCUUACUUGAAAGUGAAAACUUCCAAAUCACAAAAUCCGAAAACAACAAGUACCUUUUGCUGCCAGUGAAAAAACAGCCAACAGAGAAGAUCGUUUUGAAAGAAUGCGAAUUGGUUCCUGUGAAACGUCCACAAAUUAAAGUGACAUCAAAGAUUGAAAAGUCUGCAAAUGUAUCAAUUGUUCAAAAAGUGCCAGAAUCAUCUCAACAAUUACAACAACAAACUAUAGCGACGAUUGCUCCCGCAGCACCAAUAGAAUCUGAGAAGAAAAUUGUCAAGCCUAAUCAUCCACGAAUUAAAUACUCUCGUCAUAAGAAUCCAAUAAUCAUUCAAUCGUCAACACAAUACAAUCAAACUCAAUCACAACCAAUUAUUCAGCAACAGCCAGCAACUCAGUCUCUUGUUCACCCCGUUCGCACUCAAGUUUUAUCGGAUGGAAAGAAAAUAGAAUAUAUUAGUGUGACAACAGUCAAACCAGCGGAGCCAGUUUCGAAGCCAAUUAUUAUACCAGCUUCAAGCACUCAACAAUUUGUUAUACAAGCUGUUCCGUCUAGUGGAAAUCAGCAGAUAACAGAAUAUGAAGUUUCAGCCGCAGCAAAUACAAGCAAUCAAAGCAAUGACUUUCCCAAUGAGAUUAUUGACGAUUUAGAGUACGGUAUUGAUGACAUAGAAUUGCCUGAAGAUGUUCAAAUUCACUUUAGUGAUACAUAUAAAUCAGAGGAUACGGAAAAUGGCGAUGCAUCUGGAAGUAUAAAAAUUAAGAAAUAUUAUGCAACUGCAAGUGACAAUUCGAUGGCAAGUGAUGGAGAAGAAGCAGGACGUCAAUAUGAAUGUAGACAUUGUGGUAAACGAUAUCGAUGGAAAUCCACUCUUCGUCGUCAUGAGAAUGUCGAAUGUGGCGGAAAGGAAGCAAGUCAUCAGUGUCCAUAUUGCAACUACAAAGCAAAACAACGCGGAAACUUAGGCGUUCAUAUACGCAAGCAUCAUUUGGAUAAGCCACCAUUAGAAACCAGGCGAUCGAAGAAGUCACUUCAUGACUCACAGCAAUUAACACGCUUAAUGAUGCUUCAAUUAAUGCAGCAACAACAGCAGCAGCACCAACAACAUCAACAACAGGGAUCAGCAACACGUCAAUCAUCCCUUUCAUAUUCAUAUCCAUCUCUUGAUGAGAAAGCCAAAACAAAUUUCUACAAAUGUAGAAAGUGUGGUAAAUUUUACAAGACAAAAUAUAGUUGGAGAAGGCACGAGAAGAAGGAAUGUGGAGUUGCUCCUCAAUUUCAUUGCGAUAAAUGUGAAUUCAAGACAAAAUAUCGACAUAACUUGACUUCCCAUCAAAAAAUUCGUCAUCAAAUGGAAAUUUGCAAUAGUCAAAAGAAGAAACAGCCUAUCGAUUAUCAUGGAUCAGAUGGUGUUUCAAUUACGGCUGUUAGCAGCAGCAACAACAAUAAUAGAGAACUAAUAAUACAUCCCUCUUUCACUCAAACACAUUCAUUAAUCUCUCCAUCUGCUAAUAACAUUUUAAAUUUAAAUUCGAUCGAUAAUAAUGAUUCCAACAAAACUAAUAUAACGUCUUUCAAAACAGCCGAGGGAGGUUUAUGUAUCACAAAAAUUGCCGGUCUUACAUGGGAGCAAUGGAACGAAAGAUUAGCAAUGCCAUUAGUUACGACAUUACGUGAAGGUGCCCAUCCUUUAGUGUUCCCACGUGACCUAUGUGUGAGCACAAUGAAAACGGAACCGGCUCGUCCUGAUGUUGUAUGUUCACCAAGUGAUACAUCCAGUAACGGUGCUAAUGCAAAUAACUCAUCAAACAAUAGUGGAAAUGGAUCAAAUGCUCAGCAAGAAGGUGGAUUCGCUUGCCCCGAUUGUGGUCGUAUGUAUAAAUUAAAAUCCUCAUUGAGAAAUCAUCAAAAGUGGGAAUGCGGUAAAGAACCCCAAUUUCAAUGUCCAUAUUGUGUCUAUAGAGCUAAACAGAAAAUGCAUAUCGGUCGUCAUAUGGAACGAAUGCAUAAAGAGAAAUUCUUUAAAGUUAGCGGUGAUGGUAAAAUUAUUGCAUUAGAGGAAGCACUAAAUCAGAUUGUUCAAGCAUCUGGAUGUAAUGACUUUAAUGCAACUAUUUAGGAAAGAAUACAGAGAAAGAAAGAAAGAAAAAUGUUAUAUCGAAUUUUUUUAAUUUUAUGACAACUCAAAUUCCUGAUUGAAAAGCUAAUUAUGAAAGAAAAAAAUGUGAUAAAAAGCUCUAACGAAAUGAAAAAAAUAAUAUCUUUAUCCCUGAUAUGUGUGUGAAAAUAAGCAUUUCUUUUCAAUUUAAUUUUUUUUAUAUUUUCUUCCUUCUAUUGUAAAUCCUAUAGAAAAUCAUUUUAUUUAUUUAACUGUGCGUCAAGAGUUAGCAUUUUCCAACUAUAAAUAUAUAACAGACAUUAUAUGAAUAUGAAAAGAAGCUUUCAUCUUUCCAUUGAAAUGAAUCAAAAAAUUUUGUUUUGUAAUUUUCGAAAUUUUACGAGUUGAGGUCAUUAAAUUGGGGUUCUCUUUACGGAUUGGGGAGUUAAACUUUUGAUUGGUCUUGAAUGGUUGCUCAUGCUAGCCUUAUUUUCGCUUUGGGUUCGAAAGCUCUAGAAGAUUUUAAGAUUAAAUUUGGAUUUAAAAAUCUUAAUCCAUGAAUAAGGGCUGGAUUUAAAUUAAAGUUUAAAUCGUAAGACUAAUCAAUUGAAUCUUAGGAUUAAAACCUCAAGAAUUAAUGAAAGCCACCCCCAUUUUAGUGGAUCUGAUUCACAGAAUAAAUUAUAUAUCGUUUUGAUUAUAAAUAUAAUAUUAUUAAUGAAAAAAUGAAGCCAAAUCGGCAAAGGUGUCAUAUACUUCCACAUUAUAAAUUUGAAAGGAUGGAAGAAAUGUUUGUUUGUUUUUUAAAUUUACUUUAUGUUUUUUUUUAUAUUUUUUGAAAAUAACGAAAGAAAAAGAAAAUGAAGAAUCAUUCCAGAUUUACAUUUCAAAAAUCUUUUAAAGAAUCAUAUUUUUUAAUAAUUUUUAUAUUUUUUACAUAUAUAUUAAAUUUACUCAUUAUGCGUAUGGCAAAAUAGAAGUAAAACGAUGAACGUAAUUAGGAACUAAGUAUUUUUUGUUGACGAAUAAUAUCUAACACAUACAAAAAAUUAAUUAUGAAAACUAUUAACAUAAAAAUAGUCAAAAGUGAUUGAAACAGAUAAAAGACAUUUUUUAACAACAAACAAAAAAGACAAAGGACGAAAGGAUAAAUUUUUUUAAAAAGCAUAAAGCAUUUUACUAAAGAAAUUUUUUUUGAAGAUUUUAUGUUUAAGAAAUGAUAGAAGCUACCUCAUCUGAAAUCACAUAAAAAACAGAUUCACACACGAUUUAAGCGACAGAAAAGAAACGAGAUGAAUUUCCUGCAAUUUUUUUUUCAAAUCUAUCCUCAGCGCUCACACGAAUGAGUAUUAAGAAAAGAACACAUUGAUUUCUCAGUGAAUUGAAUGCAUUUUCGCAGUUAGAGUAAAAAAAGCUUUUUAAGAGAAAUUGUUACCGCAUUGAAAAAUGAAUUGAAAACUGAUUUGAAACACCUUUUCUUAUUUUUAAAAAAUUUAUCAACAAAUACCUCAAUUUCACGAUUAAAUCAUUUCAUUUAAAAGACAAAUUACAAAAAAAAACAUAUUGUGCCUUUAGUUUUUUUUAUUAAAUAUUGUGUAUAGAAAAAAAUUAUUAAGUUUCACAUGAAUAUUAUUUUUUUGUCUCUUUUCUCGUCUUCCAAAAAGUUAAAACAUUCCACAUAUGCUCCAAAUUUUGUUCACAUUCUACAAGAAAAUUUGAAAAAGUUUUGGCAUAAAAGUACAAAUUUUUGCACUUUGUUACAUUCUAAUUUUAAAAAAUAAUACUCGAUUUCUUUCCAUCUGAAAUACCUAUUUAGGGUUGAUUCUUGUUGAUAUGAAGGAUUGUGUUUAAUCUUUAAAUUCAAGGAUAAAGUUUUAAAAUAAACUCAAGAUUUCUUUAUUUUUGAAGAAAAACUGCACUAAACUAACCAUAACUUAUAAUAGAUCCAUAAAAACUUAACAAAAUAUCCUUAUGCAGGAUAAGUUUCCAAAAAAUUGCACAAAAAUUUCUUAAAUCUUGAAGUUAAGUCUUAGAUUUAAAUAAAUCUUGUGAUUAAGUCUUGAAUUUUAAGUUAAUUCGAUAACUUCUAUACGAGUCAUUUCUAUCUUGAAACUUUAAUUAUCAGCAACUAAACCUUUAAUUAGAGUUGAUUAAUUCAAAAUAAAAAUUCUCUUAAAUUUCAAACAAUUCCCCAACUAUUCAAUAGAAUCAACCCCAAAAAAAAAAUUCCUUCAAUCAUGUGAAACAUCUCUUGUUUAUUUUUAAACUAUAAGUAGAUUUAAUUAAUUAAAAAGACAAUGAAAGAAAGAAGAAAAUCCUGUCUUUUUCAUUUAAAUUAACAGCAAGAAAAAAAAUGAAGUUUCCAUUAAAGCAAUAGAAAUUAAGAUUUUGGUUGAUUACAAUCCAUGUGGGUGAUGGGAAAGUCCUUUCAUGUUGAUAUUUUACUGAUGACUUUGAAAAAAAAAAAGAUAUAAACCUUGUAAUUGGAUUAAGGGAUCAAAUAAUUUAAAAAAAAAACCAUGGAAUCAACAGCGCAAAACAUUGCACAUUAGUUUACAACUACUUGAAAAAUACUCAUACUUUCUAAUUAUUAAUUAAGCAUUUUUUCCUUCAUUUAUAAAACAAAAAAAAUACAAAUAAAUAAAAAAAAACUUGAAAAAAGACAUUUUGAGCUAGAUUAAUGGAUAGUAUAGAGAUAUACAUUCAAAAAAACUGUAAAAUUCCUUAUUCAUGUAAAACUGUUAAAAUUAGUAACUGAUUGUGUCUAGGUUGAAAUGAGAUAAAGCAACAACAAACAUGAUAUUUCAAGAAAUCUUUUAUAUUACAAAAAAAAUAAUCAAUAAAGUAAAAAUUUUGUUAUUUUGUAAUAAUUUUAAAUUAAAUCGUUCAUUUGUAAAGAAAUC